UUGUUGGGAUUUUCAACACUAGAGUGCAUGUUGAGCUAUAGACGAUUAAAAGAUUUUAUUGAUCAGAAUUCGUUUGAACAUUAAGAAAAUGAACUUCCUAUUAUUUGUAUGAAAAAAGUAAAAAUAAAAAUCAAUAACUACAGAAAGUGAUUGGACAAUUAUAGGUUUACUGCAUAUAAGUUUGUUUACACGAAGUGAAAAAAGUGAGUUUUCAUAGAUUUUAAUUAAAAAGAAGAAUUUGAUUCUAUUGACUGAUUGACUGACUGAUUAUGUGAUUCUAAUUAAAAUUAUAAGGUUGUUGCAUUGGAAACUGAAGGAGCAUUGAAGAAUCAUUGAGUUUAAUUUUUUUCGUUCCCUCAUGUAUCUCACCCAUUGAUCCAAUUAGAGUUGAGGGAGGUGAAGACUUCUGAUUUUUAUAAAAAGAAUUAAUAAAUAAAAAACAUAUAUUUCGUGUGGGAUUGUCGAAUAUAAAAAAAAGGGAAAAGCUCCCUCAUUAAAAAUCGUUAGAAUUUUCUUUCAACAAUUUGGAAGCAACGUUCGACUGUCUGCAUUUUAUGUAAAUUUCCUUUUGUUUGGUAAAAUAAUCAUAGGGUAACACCUAAGCUUGUUUCUGUUUCCAACAAAGAACCGAGAAGAAAUUCUAAAAGAAGUAGCAAGAAAGACCGAAGAAAUUUCAAAAAUCAUAAAAUUUAAUCAUAGUGCGCUGCUGCAAAAGAUUUUCACUAGUUUUGUUAUUUUUGGAAAAUCAUGGAUCGUCAGGAUAAUAAACUACUAUUGACCGAAGAUUUACUAUUGUCGGAACAUCCGUCAUUAAAAGGAACACCGCUAGCGAUGUUGGCUGCACAAUGUAACAAAUUGUCGAAUAAGUCGCCUCCACCGCUCGCUGAUGCUGCUGUAGGUAAAGGCUUCCAUCCAUGGAAAAAAUCACCACAACAAUCAUCAUCAGGUCCACAGUCACCAACAAAUGUCUCACCACAGCAUAACAAUAACAAUAAUAAUCAAAGUGGAAAUUUAUCAACACAACGAAGUAUUUCAGGAAGUCCAAUGAAUAAUUCAAGUAUUACUCCAACAAGCCGCACAUUAACAUCUUCAUGCCCUUCUGGUUCUAUUCAUACGCCAACUUAUGGUGGUGAUUUAUACUUUACUGGUGCCACAUCAUCACCAGCAAUGGGGGAUAAUCCGCACAUGCAUCAGGGAUUAUUAGGUAAAGUAGAAGUUGGAUCUGUAUAUUCACGCCAUCCAUAUGAUUGGCCAUUUAAUGCCGUCACGACACAUAAAACAGAAAAUAUGAAUGGUGGUUGGUGGGAUAUGCAUUCGGCUGCUGCUGCUGGAAGCUGGCUAGAUAUGGGAAGUGCUGCUGGCAUGCACGCUACAAUGGCAAAUUAUGCAGGAACUGCUGCUGAUUAUUCGACACUUACACAUUCACUUUCAAAUACGGCACAUUUAUUGGGUUCUGGCCAACAUUUACUACAAGAUACAUACAAAAGUAUGUUACCGACACAAUCUGUAGGUAGUUUUUCUCUAACCCACGCGACAACUUCAUCACCUCCUGCUCCUACAACAACAACAACGACCUCAUCAAGAUCUAAUAGACGUUAUGCUGGUCGUGCAACAUGUGAUUGUCCAAAUUGUCAAGAAGCUGAACGAUUAGGACCAGCUGGAGUUCACUUAAGGAAGAAAAAUAUUCAUAGCUGUCAUAUUCCAGGCUGUGGAAAGGUUUAUGGAAAGACCUCUCAUUUAAAAGCGCACUUGCGUUGGCAUACGGGUGAACGUCCUUUUGUCUGUAAUUGGUUAUUCUGUGGUAAACGUUUUACAAGAUCCGAUGAACUUCAGAGACAUUUACGUACACAUACCGGCGAAAAAAGAUUCGCUGUAAGUAAGACAUGCCCGAUAUGCAAUAAACGAUUUAUGCGAUCAGAUCAUUUGGCAAAGCAUGUAAAGACACAUAAUGGAUCAAAUCCAGGUAGUGUAAAGAAAGGAUCAUCUGAAUCAUGUAGUGAUUCUGAGGAGCCACCAAAUGCAAACGAUUUACACCAAAGUACACAAAAUAGUAGCAUCAAUAACAAUAACAACAAUAAUAAUAAUAAUACCACACACAAUAAUAAUCCGCUGCCCAACAAUAUGGAUGUGAGUGGAUUACAUGCACAGCAUCAACAUAAUACAAUGAUCUUAACACCACAUCAAAUCAAUGCACCAUUACUUCAUCAUCAUCAUCAUCACCACCAUCAUCAUACACCAAGUCCAGGUUUGGAACAUGUCAAUCAAUUGGAUAUAAAGCCUGGCAUUGUCUGAAAUGAAAUGAAUGACGGUGAAAUUGAGUCAACAACAUUGUAUGGUUCAUAUGCCAUCAUGAGACCCAGUUAUACGUAAAUAAAAAAUAUUACUCAAUUUUGUAUCAACCCUUCAAUCUUCCCAAAACCUACCUACCUUCCUAUUCACCUUGUUUUACCCAUCUUCCAGUUCAUGAUAGUACAUUUAACUACGAUAUUACUAUGUAUCAUUAUUAUUAUUGUUAGUAUCAUUAGUUUCGUCAGUCCCAUGUUAAAUGAUCCAAUCGAAAUCAUACACACAUAGGUAAAAAAAUGUUGUUGAAAAGAUACAAUGAAAAGUACAAAAAAAUAUGAAAAUAAUCACUGGCAAACACACACACACACACACACACAUACUAAAACAAGACGUGGAAAAUGAAAAAAAAGAAGUAGAAAAAAAUAUGAAAUGAUAAAAGUACACAUUACAAUUGAAUUGAAUAUUAAAUUAAACAAAUUAAAUUGAAGCAUUCUCUAUUUGAAAAUUGGAAUGAUGGAAAAAAAGAGAACAAGAGAGAAUUACAAUGAGCUGAGGCAGAACGUAUGGAAAUUACAAUGAUUGUUAAUAAUUUUAUGUUACACGCAGCAUGAAAUGGUAAAAAAUCAUAAACAAAAACUGAGAAAUAAUUGAAAAAAAAAGUAGAGUUAAAAGAAAAUCAUUGGCUUUGUAAUUGAUAGAGCACUUCCUUUCCGAAGAGAAUUGAUUGCUAAUAUCCGAUCAUGUUUGAUUCGGAGAAGUAUUGAACAAAGCAUUUUUAUGUGUAAAUAUGAUAUCUCAUUGUUGGGCUUAUAAUCAUUAACUCAAUUUUUAUUAUUAUUAUUAUUAUCAAAUUAUGAAGAAAAAACUUAAUUCUAACCAAUAUGAGAAAUGAAUUAAAUUAAUGAUAAUUUAAAGCAGAAGCAAAAAAAAAUGAAUUUUAUGGUAUAAAAUGUUAAAAAAAUAAAUGUGUAAAUGUUCUAAAAUGUGCGUGCAAGAAUCCAUCAAAAAACUUUUUUCCAUGCUCUUUAUAAUGUUGAUACUAAGAAGUUUUGCAUGAAACAACACUUAUUAACAUGUAGGAUUUUCGUUCUUAUGGGUUUUCCUCCUUUUGUCCAUUCAUUACAAUAUUUCAUUUCAUUGAAUCACACCAUCCUGAUAAUAUAAAAAUUAUACAGCAGCCAAACAGUGGCCAAGUUUUUGUCAGGUGAUAAAAAUUAUAGCAGCGACUCUUUUUUUUGUAGGAUAAAGUUUAUUUUAAGAUUUUCAAACAUUUAGGUUUUCAUUGAAUCUUGACAUUUUAAAAAUUCUAUCACUGGUCCACUUCGACCUAAGCAAAAGUGUUGCAUCCUUAGUAAACAUUAGUUCAACAUUGUUCCUUUUUUCACAAUAUUUUCUAUAUUAAUCCACAACUUAUUUACCCCAAAAGUUGAAAGAUAUUUUUUGGUUAAAAUAUCGAAACAUAUCACAACAUAAAUCUAUCUUUACUUUUUGAUCAAAUGAAAUAAAAUAAAAGAUAUAAAAACUAUAAUGUUAUUAUUAAAGAAUCAAGAUGUUUUUGUAUCAUACUUAGAUAAAAGAGCAUAAAAAUAUUUCAAUAUGAAUUUUUAAUCACAUUUCGUAAAAAAUAAAGUUUAAAUAUCUAUGACGUAAAAAAAAAUUAAAUAAAGAAAAAUGAAAAGUUUAAGUAAAUUUGUAAAAUUUAAAGAAAAUAUGAAGGAAG